CCCAAUGGAGGCUCCCAGGGUUCCCCAGGGCUGGAAAGCAGUACCCUCCACGCCCCACUCCUUUACCUUUCCUGGGUAACAUGUUUGAUCUGGGGCGCCCUAAUUUACCCUGUCACUUCCUGCGCCUGUCCAAGAAGUACGGACCCAUCUUUCGCCUGAGCUUCUGGGGUCAAGACAUUGUUGUAUUAAACAGUGGUGCUCUGAUCCGUGAAGCCCUGAUUAAGAAGUGGGCAGACUUUGCUGGGAGACCAACUAGCUAUGUAGGUGACCUGAUAUCACUGGGGGGGAAGGACGUGUCCCUAGGAGACUACACUCCUGUCUGGAAAGUACAGAGGCGUCUCACUCACCUGGCUCUGCAGAAACGGGUCCGCAGGAACCUGGAGAGUCUGCUGGGGGAGGAGGCCAACAAGCUGUGUCAGGAUUUCCGGCAGAGGGGAGAUCAGCCACUGGAUGUGGCGGAAGACUUCUCUCUCCGCACAUGCAGAGUGAUCGCGGUGCUGACAUUUGGAACGUCUUACGAGCUCUCAGACCCCACCUUCCAGGAGAUCCACAAGUGCAUUGUUAACAUCAUUAAGUUAUUCGAGGCUCCAUCUGUCAGCGUCUUAGACUUUAUCCCAUUUCUUAGGAAGAUCCCAAACCAAGCCUUAAGCCAUCUCCUGAGGGCAGCAGAGAGAAGGGACGGCUUUGUGAGGCAUCAGAUGGAGAGACACAAGGCUCACCUCCCGGAGGUAGAGUCCCAGGAAGACAUAUUGGAUGAAAUGAUCCGCUUCCUUAAAGAAAAGUCCAAGUCUGAGGGCACCGAAGUGUCGGACCUCACAGAAGAUCACCUGCACAUGGCCGUGGUGGACCUGUUCAUUGGAGGCACAGAAACUACGGCGUCCGUAUUAACCUGGACAGUGGCCUUUCUUGUCCAUCACCCCGAGGCUCAGGAUAAAAUACACAAGGAGAUAAUGGGAGCGGUGGGGCAGGAACGUUACCCCACAUAUUCAGAUCGUAGCAGCCUGCCAUACCUCAAUGCCACCAUCUCAGAGAUGCUCCGACUGCGCCCUGUGGUGCCCCUUGCAGUACCGCACUCUGCCACUAGGGACACCAGUAUUGCAGGAUUCACCAUUCCAAAAGGAACCACAGUCAUCCCAAAUAUUUUUGCAGCUCAUCAUGAUGAAACAGUUUGGGACAACCCUGAACAGUUCAGCCCAGAGCGAUUCCUGUCAGAUUCCGAAGGCAUUGUCCCCUCCCGGUCUCUCCUUGCUUUCAGCAUGGGCGCGCGGCUCUGUAUCGGUGAGACAUUGGCCCGCAUGGAAAUUUUCUUCUUCCUCUCUCAUCUCCUCAGGGAUUUCUGCUUCUCCCCAGUGCCAUCUACACGCCUUCCUGACCUUCAUGGGGUCUUUGGGAUUAAUCUAAAGUGCCGUCCGUUUUUGGUACGUGCCCUUCCAUGGGAGACUAUACCAUCCGAUACCAAAUUGGUUCAACAGGAAAAGUCACACAUAAAUGAGACUUAAUACAGUCACCGUGGUCCCUUGCUGGACCGGAGAUAGAUGUGUACAUAGGAGAAACUCUUUGUGAUUCUCCACCACAGAUUUAAUGUGCCGUGUUUAGGAAUAAACCCCGCCUUCAUUUAUUGAAAAGGGGACAAUUGUAAUCCUAUUAAAGGCCAGUCCUGUUUGUUAUCGCAACGUGAAUCCGAAACUGAUGUUUAAAUGUGAAGUUAUCCAGAUAUCCAUACAUACAGCUCAUGUGGAGGCGAAACGUGUAGGGUAAAGCAACUUUAAGAUCCACAGUGAGGAUUCACAAUUGAGAACCUGUACCUCCUGAAAGUAUUCUGGCCUCAGCAAGACCUGAACGCUAUUGUCACAAAUGUGUAUUGUACAACCAUGCUUUGGAGCUGUGGGAAUUGUUUUAAUAAAUUUUUAAUAUUGUAUAUUUUGUUUCGAAAUUGUAUGAAAGGC